GAAGGGGGAAGGACAACAAGGGGGAGAGAGAGAGAGUGAUCGAGGUUGGACAUGGGCACUAAAUACAUUGAAUUAUCGAGCACAUUUCCGCACCAACUUAUUUUCUCUCACUAUUUAUUGUUUGAAUGUUCCAUGUUUCUGUUUUCGCCGUUUCUCUUUUCCUGUCUGUCUCAUGUUGCUCCCCUUGAUUAGUCUCUCUUUGUAUUUUUCUGCCUCGCAUCUCUCUUUCUCUCUGUCCCAGUUCCUCAUCUCUCUUCCGUCCUGGGCUCUCCUUUCUCUGGCACUCUGUUGCCUGGCUGUGCCUUCCUGACAGAGAGAGUGAGAUGGGAAUGAAGGGAAGGAAAGACAGAUCGAGAAAGCGACAGAGGGAGAAGCAGAAAAGGGACAGGUAUAAAGGUGCAGCGAAACUGAGGGGCGAUUUCUCUCCCUCUGUUUCACCCAUCCACAUUAAUUCUCGCCUUUAAACUUUGAAUGGGAAGCUGUGCAGCUGCUGUUAAAUGUGUUGAGAUUUUGCAAACCAGCCGAACCUGUGCUAAAUAUACGAGACAUACUCAGAAGUACGGAGCGCUAGGCUGGGUGCGAUGGGCCGAAGCGGUGUUUGGGGUUCGGUGUCCUACAGCUGCCGCAGGCUAAACCAUUCAGUUCCUUCACUUGCCUUGCCCCAGUCCUGCUGUUAAGGUCUCCAGUCAGGCUCAGUGUGACAACCAGGAACUGGUGCAAAGCUCUGGCGAUAGCUGUGUUUUCCCAAAUGAAGGCACCAGAUUACUUUCAAUCAGGUCCCUGUGGGAAAGGCGUUUGUCUGAACCCAGAUCAAGACUCCCGAGAAGCAGCUGCUGCCUCAUUUAAUGAGACAUUUAGACCAUUGUAUUCGCCCACAACUGUCCCCUCAACAUCCCUGGUAAUUGGAUGUGUAAGCAAUUAGAGGGAGGAAAACAGAAUAAUCUAUUCAGAAUAUUAUUUAAUAAUAAAACUUCAUUAUUCAGACUUGGCAGUAUGCUGAGUGGGUUUAAUAUGGACUAUUUGGAUCAAAUGUUCCCAAUUAUUACUCCUCACUUGUACUUUAACCUACUGCAUACAUGCAGGCUUCCAGUAUGUGUGAAGGAUGGAGCGAUACAGAAGAUAUGCCCCACAGGUGGGAGAGAUACAGAGGAGGGAAGAUAUAUCCCACAAGUGGGAGAGAUGCACAGGAGGGAAGAUAUAUCCCACAGGUGGGAGAGAUACACAGGAGGGAAGAUAUAUACCCCACAGGUGGGAGAGAUACACAGGAGGGAAGAUAUAUACCCCACAAGUGGGAGAGAUACACAGGAGGGAAGAUAUAUACCCCACAGAUGGGAGAGAUACACAGGAGGGAAAUACACCCCACAGCUGGGAGAGAUACACAGGAGGGAAGAUAUAUCCCACAGCUGGGAGAGAUACACAGGAGGGAAGAUAUAUACCCCACAGCUGGGAGAGAUACACAGGAGGGAAGAUAUACCCCACAGCUGAGAGAGAUACACAGCUGGGAAGAUAUAUACCCCAUAGCUGGGCGAGAUACACAGGAGGGAAGAUCUACCCCAAAGCUGGGAGAGAUACACAGGAGGGAAGAAAAAUACCCCACAGCUGGGAGAGAUACACAGGAGGGAAGAUAUAUACCCCACAGCUGGGAGAGAUACACAGGAGGGAAGAUAUACACCACAGCUGAGAGAGAUACACAGGAGGGAAGAUAUAUACCCCACAGCUGGGAGAGAUACACAGGAGGGAAGAUAUAUCCCACAGCUGGGAAAGAUACACGGGAGGGAAGAUAUAUCCCACAGCUGGGAGAGAUGCACAGUAGGGAAAAUACACCCCACAGCUGGGAGAGAUACACAGGAGGGAAAGUAUGUCCCACAGCUGGGAGAGAUACACAGGCGGGAGGUUAUACCCCACAGCUGGGAGAGAUACACAGGAGGGAAGAUAUACCCACAGCUGGGAGAGAAGCGAUAUACAGGAGGGAGAGAUACAGAGGAGAUAUGCAGGGGUUAGAAGCUAUACCUGGAACAAACUGGACAAUCCCAGAAAGGAAAUUUCUGUAUUAAUCAAGUGGGAAUUCUUGAACCCUGGAGGUGACAGUUACACUCAGGUGUGGAGCAUUAAUAUACAACCUUCAUGAUCCCAUUCAUUCCAUUUGCAAAUUCAUCUCAUAUUUUAACACAUACACUGAACCAGCUAGGGAUUUUGUCCCUUUCUCUGUGUGCUUAUGUUUAAAUCUAGUCUGAAAACUGUAUCAAGCUUCUCCCUAACAUUGGCAGACAUUCGGUUUCUGGGAUAAACACGGCUCUGUCAAAGUUACAGUGGAUCAGAGGCAGAAAACCCUGAGAAAUUCUUAGCUCUAAAGCUCUUGUGAAGCUAACUAUGCAACGUUUUGUUUUUGGAUCUGAAUUUAACCUCUUCAAAGGAGAAUUUGAUUCAGAAUUUGAUAUUUGUCAAAUGUUAAUACCGUUUGUAACAUAUUUGACAACUGAUCUAAUUAAGUUGGCAUAGCGCUGGUGGUCAUUUUAGGUGUCCAAAUACCCAGUCAGUCAAUCAGUACACAAGAGGCCCUUCAG